CCGCCUCCUCACUGACCGACUGAGGUGGCUCUAUUUUAAACCUCUCGGCUCUCCUCCUCUCACUCUUGUGACUCGAGAUGAAGUUGACAGCACUGUACACAUUUUUGACUUUGUUGGCCUCCUCCACCCUCUCUUGGGAGGGGAACGAUGGAUUGGGGCAAUGCGUUGGCACCGUGCGGGCCAGGGGGCCAUGCGGACUUGGGCGGACGGGGUGCCCCUAUGUCUUGAGCUUGCCGCCGAUGACUGUGCACCUGCCGGAGCAAUUCCGGGAGCUGGAAAAGCUGGUGAAGGAUUUACAGACACUGAAGGACGACGUGGACCAGCUGCGGAAGAUGUGCGGCGACUGUGGGAAACACCAAGAGAGCAGGUAUGGUGAGGAGGGACACUCUCAAACACAACGUUUAGGACAGAGAGAUUUGGAAGAUGGAGAUGGGCAGGACAAGACAAUACUGAAGGAAACAGUUGGAAAAGUUGAGAUGGGAGAAAGCGAACGCGCCGAAGAUCAUGAAGGUGAAAAAGAGAGUCAAGAUCAUCAAAUGUGGCCAGAUGAAACAAAUGCCAUGGAGAAAAAGACGCAUAUAAAGAAGGCGCAGGACCGUGGGAGGCAGGAUCAAGAGAAGAUUUGGGAGGAGAAGAAAGAGGAAAUGGAAAAGGGGAUAAAUGCAGGGCAGAGUAAUGAGAAACUAAAACAGACUGAAAACAGAGGGCUUGCGGACAAAAGCAAGUCUAUAAAAAAAGAUGAGGAGGUAGUAGUUGAAAAGAAAGAUGGAGGAAUAGGGAGUUUGAAAACAGAGAGAGGAAAGGAAGUAGAGAACGUGCAGAGAGACAGCAAUGGAGAGUCGGCAUCCAGAAAAGCCACUCAGACGACAGACUUUGUUUCAAUCAGCCCGACUCCUGCAUUGACGUUUAUCUCAGCUCAAAGGCCGGAGCUUGUAGACUUGGAUGAGACCGAAAGGAUCACGUCAUCUCUUCCAACUCUUCCCUUCUCCAGUUCCACUUCCAAUUACUUACCAGUUAUUAAUACAAGAAGAACCCAAACAACUUUGUCUGAUUCAAACACCAUAAGGAAUCAGUUGGAUGUAACAAGUCCCCCAAGAUCGAGUUCAACCUCCAACUUUCUUCAUCACAGUCUUCACACAACAAUUUCACCUGAAGCCACAGAAAGCAGCAGCAGCAGGUGGCCAAGCACCAACACCGGCUUGAAGCACCGACCAGGCCUGAAAACCAAGACGGCGGGAAAGCAUACACCUGGAAUGAAGCCUGAUGCAAACGACAAGCCAAAGGACUUCAAGCAUGACCGUAAAGUGGACAUUAAAAUCAAACAAAAAACAGCUCCACAAAAAAACAAAGCAGAGAUUAAAUUGAAACCUGGCAACGACACUAAAAGGUUUCACGUUCAAAGAGCUGAUAACAGGACAAGUGAUCCUCACGGCAAAACCCAAAAACCCAAACAUGGUCAAGACAGGACGACUAAUCUGCUGCAGGUAGCAACUGAUCAACACGGACGAUCUGCAACCAACGCAGAACCCAAAUCAGAGCAAAUCCCAACUUUAAAUAAAAAUGUCAAACCUAACAAAAGACCUGUUCCUGUUAAAACCAGUAAAACUGACCAGAAGCCAAAACCUGACAAAAAGUUAAAAACUAAUACAACAGACAAAUUUGAUCAAAAUAAAGCAAAGCAACACUUCCCACCAGAUUCUAAAAAAAGACAAAAACUGAAGGAAAUUCAUUCUAAUUCUACGGGGAACUCUGAGUCAGAAACCACAUUUACAGCUAAUCCCAAUCGAAGACUGGAGUCGAGCCAGAAAAUACCCAUUAUUAACAGAAAGGCCAAAGCUGGUCAAGUGCCGAAACUAAACCAAAAGCAGUCCCAGGCUGCAAGAGACCAAAAUGGUAAAGCUAACUUGAAGCCUACAGCCAACCAAGUCCGUCUUGAUCCUGACCGUCAAUCUGUGUCGACUCAAAGUCCUGGUGAGGAGUCCGAUAACAAAUCUCAACUCAGGUCUCUCUCAAGUGACAGACCACCAACCAGAUUGAUGCCGGAGCCAGGAGCAACACCAACUGAACCAAAUCAGAACACCACAACCCCCAAACCUCAGCAAUGGAUUAGGACAACAACCAGUAAUUUCCAUAAUGCUCACGUUCCACCUACUCCUAGUCCCGUUUCACAAACGGCUGUGGUGACGCAUUCCCAAGCAGACACAAAGUCCAAACCCAGCACAACAAAACCCAUCACUCCAAAAACCUUCAAGGGCCUAAGCAGGCUCCCGGUGGGACUAAACAGCGAGGGGGUGUCUGAUCUGAGGCCACAAUCAACAGGGAAACCUUCAUCAAUUCCAAAAUCAACACAACCAAUCGUGACUCACAGUGUUAUUCCGAGCACUAAUCCAGGCUCCACAAAGACAAAUCUGCAUGCUCGAGCUGAUGCAGCAGACCUGCAGAAGACGAUCCAACCCCUUUCCCCUACUGUCCAGACCACCACCAGCUCUGACUUCAGCUCAACAACUACUACUACUACUACUCACCCCGAGGCCCGGCCGGUUGCUGAAUCGUCGACGUCAAGCGCUCGCGAGCUGCGUGUGAAAAUCAAGCAGGUGGCUGCCGCGUUCUUCAACGGCAGCCAAUUGGGCCCAAAUGGAAGGCAUUCGAAAGAUUUGCCAGAACGGAAUGAGGGGGAGAGCAGGCCAGCCAGCGGGUCAAUGGUGCUGAUACCAUCUGAAGGUGCAGUUUCUGCGUUGAGGAGGGACUGCUCAGACCACCAAGUCAGAGGGCGGGCUAUGAAAAGUGGCAUCUACCGCGUGACUCCGGACCUCCAUACCGGCAGAAGUUUUCCAGUCUUGUGUGACAUGGAGGUACAGGGUGGAGGAUGGACCCUCCUGCAGCUCCGACAAGACGGCAGCGUCAGCUUCAACCGCACCUGGGCCGAGUACCGAUCGGGCUUUGGGAAGCUACUGAGCGGAGGGGAGUUCUGGUUGGGGAAUGAAUAUAUCCACCUCUUGACCCGGGGCCGGGACAUGACACUGCGGGUGGAGCUGCAAGACCUCUCUGGGGUGGCAAGGUAUGCAGAGUACGAGCACUUUAGAGUGGCGAGCGAAAGGAUGCGCUACAGGCUGACAGUGGGGGGUUAUUCCGGAACAGCGGGAGAUGCGCUUCGCUUCAGCUCCACCUACGACCACAACAAUCAGGCCUUUACCACCCCAGACCGGGACAAUGAUCGCUACCCAUCUGGGAACUGUGGGGCUUACUACAGCUCCGGUUGGUGGUUUGAUGCAUGUAUGGCAGCAAAUCUCAAUGGAAGGUACUACUUUAGGAAGUACAAAGGGGUACGUGAUGGGAUAUAUUGGGGAGCCUGGCACAAUAUCUCCACUGAGUACUACCUCACAAAUGAAAGGCAUUCUUUUAAAACAGUCAAGAUGAUGAUUCGGCCAAAGGGAUUUUGAUCAUAAAUGUAUGAUUGUUAUGCACUACUUGAAAAUAAGUUCUGGAUAUUGGAUGAAAUGGAAGGAUGGACCCCCAAAAACAGUUCAGCUAGCAUUCAAACAUUUACAAGUAAAUUAAUUAGCUUUUUAGGCUCAUCUUGAAAGGUCUACCAAAAGCUCAACAGUCAGAACUUUUUUUUUGAGUAAUGUAUCAAUCUCGACAACUGUCAUUUUGCACUCUUUUAUAUUAACUCAAGGCAAAAAUAGUACUCAAGCACAAACCUGCUGGCCUCUUUGGCGCACUGCUGCCGCCUAGUGGAAAACCUUAUUUCUACAGUAAAUUGUGUGCUGACGUAAAGGGAGCCCUCGGUUUAAAUGGACUCAAUGGAGUAUAAAUAAAAAAGAAAAAUAUUGAGUAUGGUGGCAACUGAGCGUGAACCGAGCAUGUGAUAAUUGAGGGUGUAGUUAAUGUUGUUUACAGAUAAUAUGCCUUCCAUUCAUUGUGGCUCUUUUAUAUUCAAACCAAAGUGCAAUUUAUUGUAACUAGUUAUUUUCUUCUAUUGAUGCUUGAAAAUAUUUAAAAGGUAAAUGGACUUAAACGUUUGUACUUUUCCUUCUAUUAAAAAACCCUGCAAAUUAAAGCGGAACAUAAA